AUGAAAGGAAUUCAGAGGCUGUGGAAUUGCAGAAAGGGAAUCAUCCAGUGCCUUUUCAUGAUGUUUUCUUGGAAGGCAGUUUCUGGGCAGAUCCACUACUCCAUUCCAGAAGAGAUGCACAAAGGCUCUUCCGUGGGGAAUAUUGCAAAGGACCUGGGAAUGGAUGGCAAGCAACUCCCAGACCAUGGACUCCGAAUUGUUUCCCCUGUAGGUAUGAUUCAGUACUUUUCUUUGAAUGCCAACAAUGGCCAUUUGCAGAUAUCUGAGAGAAUAGAUAGAGAGGAAAUCUGCAGAGAGGCAGAGAAAUGUAUGUUAAAGUUUCAGGUUCUUGUUGAAAGCAAAUUGAAGCUUUAUGGAAUUGAAGUGGAAAUUACGGAUAUAAAUGAUAAUGCUCCCCACUUCCCUCUAUGGGAACAGGAGCUGGAAAUCAAUGAGGCAUCUAUGCCUGGAUUCCAGAUCCCUCUACCCAAAGCUCAAGAUCCAGAUUGGGGGAUAAAUUCCGUGCAGAGCUAUCAACUCACAGGCAGUAGCAAUUUUGCUUUGCAUGUGCAAACAAAAGAAAAUGGUGCCAGACUUGUUGAACUUGUGUUGGAAAAGUCACUGGACCGAGAGGAACAAUCAGCUUACAAUUUGCUUCUCACAGCUACUGAUGGAGGUGAUCCUAUCAGGUCUGGCACAUUACAAAUCCACAUUGUUGUUAUUGAUGCAAAUGACAAUGCACCAGUUUUCAGCCACCCUCUCUAUGAAGUGAGUAUCAAUGAGAAUAUUCCCAAGUGGUCCACACUUUUGACAGUGAGAGCAACUGAUAUGGAUGAAGGAAUCAAUGGAGACAUUAAAUACUCUUUCCAAGAAAUUACAAAGCGCGACUCCCAAAUGUUUCUGUUAAAUUCCACAACAGGGGAAAUCAUCCUUAUUGGGAAUCUUGAUUAUGAGGAAUCAUCUUUAUAUGCAUUUGAGAUACAAGCCAAAGAUGGAGGAGGCCUGAGUGACAGAUCAAAAGUUGUGAUAUCAGUUACAGAUCUGAAUGACAAUGCACCUCAACUAUCAGUUACCUUUGCCACCAACACCAUACUUGAAAGUUCACCAUCCCAAACGGUAAUUGCCAUAUUAAAUGUCCAAGACAGAGAUUCAGGAAUCAAUGGGGAAAUCACAUGUUCAAUCCCUAGCAACCUCCCUUUCCAGCUAAAGAAGUCCAUGGAUAACUUUUACAGUUUGGUGACUGAUGGUGCCCUUGAUAGGGAACAGGUGUCAGUCUUCAAUAUUACUGUCACUGUUACUGACCAUGGAGUCCCCCCUCUUUCUACAGUCACAGUUAUCACACUUCAUGUUUUAGACACAAAUGACAACCCACCCCUCUUUGAAAAAACAGACUAUACUUUCUAUUUUGUUGAGAAUAACCAAAGAGGAGCGAUGGUCUCUUCCUUAAAAGCAAAUGAUCUUGACUGGGAAGAAAAUGCCAGAAUAACAUAUUCCAUCACUGAUGACCAAAGAAGUGACUCCCGCCUCUCCUCCUACCUCUCCAUUAACUCUGAGACGGGGGUUAUAUAUGCUCUGACCUCCUUUGAUUAUGAAGACUUUCGAGACAUUCGGUUCCGUGUAAAGGCUCAGGAUGGAGGUGCUCCACCACUCAGCUCCAAUGUCUCAGUGACACUCUUCAUCCUUGAUCAGAAUGACAACGCUCCCCAAAUCCUGUACCCCUCCCCUCCCACCGACGGCUCCACAGGGAUAGAGCUGGCCCCUCGCUCCUCUGAGCCAGGCUACCUGGUCACUAAGGUGGUGGCCGUGGAUGCGGACUCUGGCCAGAAUGCCUGGCUCUCCUACCAGCUGAUCAAGGCCACUGAGCCAGGGCUCUUCACUCUGGGGCUCCACACAGGAGAGAUCAGGACGGCCCGCUUCUUUCUGGAGAAAGAUGCCCUCAAGCAAAGCCUGGUGGUUUUAGUGAAGGACAAUGGGCAGCCACCUCUCUCUGCUUCAGCCACUCUGACUGUGGUGCUGGCUGACACCAUCCCUGCAGUCCUCUCAGACCUGAGCAGCAUCUCAGCUCCUGUAGAUCCUCCGUCUGACCUCACCUUCUACCUGGUCCUUGCAGUGGCUUUUGUCUCUUGCUUGUUCUUCACUUUCCUCCUUGUGUUAUUGGCCAUCAAGUUGCACAGUUGGAGAAAUUCUCAGCUGCUUGAGUCAGGGAGUGUGAAUUUCAGUGGCGCUCCUAUCUCACAGUUUGUGGGGAUUGACGGAGUCCGAGCAUUUCUGCACUCCUACUGCCAGGAGGUUUCUCUCACUACAGACUCUAGAAAGGCAAAUUAUUCCAAUACUCUGAGCAGUAAAGAAGCUUGUGAAGCGAAGGAUCCAAUCCUACCUGGUGAAGAUUUAAACUUGAACAAUGAAGGCUUAAUCGUAGUCCAGGUGAGCAAACAAUAUUAG